UAAAAGAAAAAAAAAGUCUUCUCUGAAGAUAUUUUCGCGUUUUUCUUGGUCCACAGCCAAAGUUAGAUAUCGCCCCUUCUCUCUCUAAGUUGAUUCGCCAGAAUAUCAGAUAUUUUCUUUGUGCAUAGCUAACGAUGAGGUUAAUCUCACUCUACCACAAUCUCUAUUGCUAAUACUGUUCUCGUUCUUUAUAGCGACACCGCUUGUAAGAAAAUUAGGGUUUCAGUUUCGUUUUGGUAUUCUGUGUUGUGGAGAACAGAGAGUUUGAUAAUGGCUGAGGCUGUGGUGAGGAGUGAAGAGGCCGUGGAUAUGGAGAUGGAUUUGGAGCUGGAGAAAAUGAAGAAAAUGGAGGAGGAGAAGAGAGGUUCAUCUAAGGUGGUUAAGCUUCCUGGAAUGGUACUUAGAGUUCUGCUUGUUGAGGCUGAUGAUUCCACGCGCCAUAUUAUAUCGGCUCUUCUUCGGAAAUGCGACUACAGAGUAUCUGCGGUUCCAGAUGGGUUAAUGGCAUGGGAGACAUUGAGAGGUGGACCACAUAACAUAGACCUUAUAUUAACUGAAGUGGAGUUGCCAUCAAUCUCAGGAUUUGCACUUUUAACAUUAGUCAUGGAGCAUGAAAUUUGCAAAAAUAUCCCAGUCAUAAUGAUGUCUUCUAAUGACUCAAUUAGCAUGGUAUUGAAGUGCAUGUUAAAAGGUGCAGCCGACUUUCUCAUCAAGCCUGUUAGGAGGAACGAGUUGAGAAACCUUUGGCAACAUGUUUGGAGAAGGCAAACUCCUAAAGUUGAAGCCUCUUCUGAGAAUAAUGUGGCAAGCAGUCUUUCAAGUGAUUAUGCAGAAUCUACUUACAAAGAUAAGGAAUGUGGGAAACAGAGUUUUUCCGAAGGUCUUUCAGAGAGGAAUGUUACAAGUGCUUCAAAUUUAAGCAACACAAACAAAGAAAAGCGUGGAGAGUGUGCUGAAGUAGAUGAAGAAUCAGUUGCACCUACUCCUGAAACAAAAGAAAGAAAAAAUAAAUUGGGAUUAGAGAUUGGAUAUCAAGAUGAAACUCAUAGCGUAACAGCAUCGCGACUCGAUGAAGCCCAUGGCAGUCUGAAAGCAGAGAUUCAGGCUAUAGAUGUUGAACUGGAAGGCCAUAGAGGAAAUUUGAAUAUCCAUAGUGAGGUCAAUUGCUGCAAUGAUGAUGUAGUUGAAACUUCCCGUGGAGUCAUUGACUUGAUUGGUACAUUUGACGAUCGCAUGAAGUGCAAUUAUGAACAAUUCAAUAAUGAUGAUGGCAUAAAUGGUAGUGAAACAGCCCCAUACUUGGAACUUUCUUUGAGAAGAUCUUGUCCCACCAGCUCAAAGGAGGGCCCCAGUGAAAGGCAUAUACUGAAUCAUUCGGUUGCCUCUGCCUUUUCACGGUAUAAUCAUGGUAAGGCAUGGAAACCUCUUUUUCCAGCAUCAACUACUAUUUGUAAUGGGCUGAGGGAGGGUGCAAAGCUAUGCCAUGAACUGUUGUCCAAUGAACAGCCUGACAUUACCAGAGGCGAUUCCCAACAGCAUGGUGCAAUUUCUACUUGCAGUCGGGAGAACAUAACUGCCCAGGUUGUAGGUGGGCAAACAGAACAAGCAUUUCCGAUUUCUGUCCCCGUCGCAAGAUAUGACAUUUGCGCAGGAAAUAAUCAUGUUCUUACGCACAUGUGCCAUAAACAAUCAGGAUUGCCUUCUGUUUGGACUCCGAAGGUGUCCUGUCAGCAAGAACAGUCUCGCGUUCCUACUAGUACCUCUGUUUCAGUUCACAACUCUGAACAAGUUUGUCACCGAUCUAAUGAAACUACCAAUACUUCUUCUGACCAAGAUAUGCAUGAACAGAACAAAAUGGACACCAUGGAAGGGCCUGGAUUUGGCUCUUCUGCUGCUGGUCAAAGUGCUACUAGUAGUUUGUGCAAUGGUUUCAUGGAUCAUGACAAUGACGGUGCAUAUGGAAGCAGUUUCAACAAAAGUGAACGAAAGUCCAAUUUGCCUGUCAUAGAUGACAGAGGAAGGGCUCCUGAGAGCUUGGAUAGCAGCAGGAUCAUCCAUGACAGAUUUUUAGGGAUGGAUUCUAAUCGCCUUAGCCAAAGGGAAGCAGCUUUAAUGAAGUUUCGACUGAAGAGGAAGGAAAGAUGCUAUGAGAAAAAGGUUCGUUAUCAAAGCCGGAAAAGGCUUGCAGAGCAGCGUCCCCGUGUAAAAGGACAGUUUGUUCGUCAAGUGCAAAAUGACACCGAGCAAUAGUUGAUGCUGAUGGCUGCCCGUGAUAUUCAGUAGUGCCAACAUACUUGUUGCUCUCGAGUGCGUCAACGUCAAACUCUUAAAAAGAAUAUGAGAGCAAUGUGGAAGAUUUUUGCUAGCUUCUUUUUAGUGCUGGUAUGGAUUAGACUUCUAUUUGCAGCUAAUUAAGAGUAUCACUGUAAUUAUAACCACAGUCGUCUGGAAGUUUUUACCACUUAGGCUUGUUUUCUGUUCUCAUCAGAUUAUUAAUUGUUACUGGUUAGGGGCAUCUCUAUUUGUAUAUAACUAUGAUGCUGUUGAUAGGGAAUUAGGGAUUAUAUUAUUGAUUCUUCACUGAUGUUCCUGUAACGAUUGUUUACUAGCAUGUGUAUAUUUCCAUAACAUUUACAUGGCUCUUGUGUU